AUGGAAUUUCAGAUUGGUGAGAAAGUUCUUCUUAAAGUGUCACCCAUAAAGGGGCUGAUGAGAUUCAUCAAGAAGGGAAAGCUCAGUCCUUGCUACAUUGGCCCCUUUGAAAUCCUUGAUUAUGUAGGGCUAGUGGCUUAUAGGUUAGCUUUACUAGCUAGCCUAUCUAGAAUCCAUCCAGUUUUCCAUGUGUCUAUGUUCAAGAAGUACCAUGGGGAUGUUGCUUAUAUCAUCAAGUGGGAAUCAAUCUUGUUAUACAAGGAUCUUCAAUAUAAGGAAGAACAUAUUGUGAUUCUAGAUCAUGAUGUCCGUAAGAUGAAUACCAAAGAGAUUAAAUCAUCUAAGGCUCAAUGGAAGCAUCAUACGGUGGAGGAAGCUACUUGGAAAAUUGAGAAGGACAUGCGAGACAAAUAUCCCUAG